UUCCAGGCCGGGGGUCGAUGACGGACCAUUUCGCGGUGAUGGCGGGCCGGCUGCUCACGGCGUCCACGGUGCAGUCCGCCAUCGACGAGGCCUCCAAUGCGGCUUCGUCCUCGACGCCGGCGGGCGGUGGGGAGGCCGUGGUCGUCGGAGGUGGCGGCGGCAGGCCGAAGAGCGGCGUGCUGGUGGAAUGCAGGAUCUGCCAGGAGGACGGCGACGAGACCUGCAUGGAGGCCCCUUGCUCCUGCAAGGGCAGCCUGAAGUAUGCUCACCGGACAUGCGUCCAGAGGUGGUGCGACGAGAAGGGGGACACCAUAUGUGAGAUAUGCUUGCAGCAAUUCACACCAAACUACAAGGCUCCUUCCAAGCUGUUUCAGCAGGGAAGAAACUCCAUCUUCUUCAGAACCCCUGCGUACAUCCAGGCACAGGCCCGGAGCUCUUCCACCUCGACAAGCUACGAGUACGAUCGCCAAGCUUCCACCCCGAAAGCUGUAAUCUGCUGUCGCAUAAUUGCUAUAACUCUGAUGCUUCUCCUGGUGCUCCACGACGCCAUCUCGGUCUACCUCGGCGAACAAGGCGUCUACACCAUUGCCCUGGUCACCCUGCUGAUGCUUAGAACUGCUGGAAUUGUGAUACCUGUUUACAUCAUCUUGGUCGCAGUGACCGAACUGCUUUAUCGACGCAGCGAGUGGCAGGCUAUGCAUGGUCAGGUUUCAGAACCAGAAGCCGCAGGGAGCACGCAGCCGGUGCCAAUUCCGCCACAGCAACAACGUGUGGUUAUCACCAUCCAGUAGUGCACCAAGGAAAACAUAUAUGGACAUCAGUCCUCAAGUAUAUGAUCAUGUUAACAUAAGAGAUGGAGGAUAUGUACAUAAUAAUUGUGAGCUGUGGGCUUGUGGCUGUACGUAUAUGAUCUUCGGAAUACCUGUACAUAUCGAAAGAAAAAAUGUGCAUAUGUACAUACAUGGACACUGGCUUCAGAAGCCAUGAAGAUGGAGUGUGCCUGCUGUACAUGACAAGGGACAGGAGUACAAGAUGAUGUAGGAAUUUUAGACUUGUGCAAUGUACAUUCGAUGCGCAGAGAAAAUGCAGGAAUCACUCUAUCGCC